CCCAGAGCCCUGAGAGAGGAUGGGCCCACGCUCCUCUUCUCUACAGAACAGGCAGUAUUCGUGUGCAGAGUGGUUCCCGCUGCUCUUGGAGGUGCCGGUGCCAUGGUGCUCCUGUCCCUAUGCUUGUGUCUCAUCUUCUUUUGCAUAGUGAAAUUCCACAAGAAGCAAACAGGUGGGAGACAAAAGGUCAUGAAUGAUGAAGACCCUGUCAUGGGUACAGUCACUUGGGUGCGUGAUGGUUCCCAGCAAAAUCCACAGCCAGACAGGCCCCCAGGCCAAGCAUCACCCAUGGAGGAUUCUUCUCCAUUGGGAGAGGAGCAGGAUAGCCAGUAUGCCAACCUCAGUUUUCAGAGGGGGAACCUGUGUGAGGGUCAGGACAAGGAGGACACCAGCACCUGCGUGUACUCAGAGAUCAAGAAGACCAGCGAAUGAGAACUCUCUCAGAGAUUAGGCCUGACCAGAAACAUUACAGCCUCUCUGAGGGAAAGAAGUUGGGGACUAGUUGGUGAAGCAUAAGGCAACCUCGUGCAACAUUAGCAUGAAUGCUCUGACAGUGGUAAGAGCAUCUGCAGGCAGAGCAGAAAGAAGGUGAUGGGAUUGGAGAGACUUGGGCUCAAGUGCAGACUUCAGCACUUCCUACGGCAUUGUCUUCAAGUGAUUUACUUCAUUUCUCGGUCCUCAGUUUCUCAUUCUGUACAGUAGAGAUCAUGCAUGCUACUCAAAGGCAGCUGUGAGCAUUAAAGAAAUCAUAAGCAACAGAG